UGUGCGCUGACAUGCAGGUUGCUUUGAUUCCUUUUGCGCCCCCCGUCUCAUGGGUCUCGACGGCUGGAGACUAAGGGAGGUGGGAGGUGACAGGCCGCGCCAUGACCGAAGGAAGGUUCAGCUGGAGAUUGGGAGAAUCUCUCUGUCUACAGUUUAUUAUCUGAUCGAUCGGCUCGUUUUCAUAUACAUCUUUCCCAAGCUGAUAGCAAAUCUCCUCCGAAAUCUGCGUCUAUCAUUCAAGUCGUCAGGUGUCUAGAAUCCAGAGUGGCAAAUGAAUUCACUUGGCACUGUCCGAGCAGCCCUUGCGGACUCGCUCGUAACCAAUUCGGCUCUCAAGGAAGCAUUCGACCUUGCCAGCUUUGUCACCGAUCGUUCUAAGCAGUUCAAAGAUGUUGCACUUGAUCAAAAGCAGAAACACAAACUACGUCGAAUUCUCAACCACUUCCUGACCCCAAGCGUCAAGCCGAGGUUUGUAGACGAUGAAGACACUGUAGACUACGGCAGUAGUCUGCCAGAUGACUGGCUGGCCAAGACCGAUGAAGAUCUGAAGACCCCUGCUCGCAUGAUUGAUAUCGACACCAUGAACAUGGUCCCCACGUACAAUCUAGGCAUACAAGACCAGUACUGCAUGGUUUCUCAUAGCUGGAAAGGCUCUGAAAUUACCUACCGCGACUUUACUCAAGCCAAAUCCUUCGAGCCCACAAAAAAAGCUGCGAACACAGAGUCCGAUGAGACUCCCAACAAUGACGUGAGCAACGUCGUCAACAAAUGCAAAGCGGAUAUUGUGGAGCUGCAGAACAAGAUUGAAUCCGCGCUUCCACAGGUCAAGGCGACCCGUGAUGGAAAACGCCCGGAUGAUAUCACAACGCUCCUGGAGUGGUACGCUGAUGCCAACGGGGCUGAAUAUAAUCUUGGCAGCACACAGCGGAAGCUCCAUGAGGCUACUGCAGCAGCCUCGAGCGCCGCCAGAGAAGCGGACUACUACAGAAGACUCUGGGAAACGAUCACGACUCUCAAUGACGAUGGGUCCAAGAAAGGUGACAAUAAAGACGACUUGGCUGUCUCCACGCAGAACACCGAAAUGCAGCAAGUAUACCACGCAAUCACAAGUCUCACGGAAGAUGCCGAGAAAACCUGCAAAGAGGCGGGAGAGAAGCACCAAGAGGCCGUGACCUCCAGAGCCGCUGCAAACGACAAGAUCGUCUUCUUCGAGCAGAAUCGCGAACUGGCCUAUGGUAUCGACGCACUGCUCACAGCAUUGCAACACCUGCGGUCUUCUCGCAAGAUCCUGGGGUCUAUCGCCCAGGCUAAAAAGUUGUUCGAUGCGCACUUCCCUUGCGGAGGGAAACGGUACGUGUGGCUUGACACGUGUUGUAUCAACAAGGGCGACACCUAUGAAUUGACUGAGUCCCUGGCCUUGAUGGGAGACUGGUAUACCAAUGCUGAUCUCUGUCUGGUCCAUUUGGAUACGCCACGUGACGAGAGAGCCUGGAUUGAAGAAUGGAAGUACUGGAAGGAUCCUUCUUAUGACCCGGUGCCAGUUAACAUGACCAGCUUUGAUAAAAUUGGCGCUGAAGGCAGCGAAGAAGAAAAGAAACGGGGUCAAGUUGAAUGGGCAACUCGUGGAUGGACCUUACAAGAGCUGGUCUUGAGUAAGGUGACCUACUACGUCAAUUCGCACUGGCAGAAUUUAGUCAGACCUGUUGAAGUCCUUGGCCCCUUGUACUUCCUUCGUCCAUUCAUUUUGCGCUACCUGCAGCACCCAUAUGUCAAACGCUACAAUACUGUUUCUGUGGAGCAGAUUGAUAAGCUGAGAGAACUUCUUUCCCCCGAGUUCAUCAGGCCGGGUGCGUCUAAGGAAGAGGAGCUCACUACUAUGCUUCAAACCCUGGGCUUUGUGGCACCAAGGGGCCUACAGGAGAAAUUGGCUGAAUCACAACUCGGAAAGGCAGUGCUGACCGCCACCAGACAACUGCCUCAAAUCCUGAAUGAUCUGUUGGCGAACAAGAACAUCGCCGACGCUGAUUCUCUGUCGAAUUUCACAGUCGAAGGUGCUGCGAAUGAGAAGAUAGCUCUUUUCAACCACUUGUUGGCCGAUUUAGUUCGUCUCGCAGACAAGCAAAUUCUUGACGACCGAAAGUUCAUUGCGAAAUUCAGUAAGAUCGAGAAUAUGACAAACUGGAUUGCUGGUGAUGGUCUCAGCAAUUCUUCGGCCAGCACCUCCCUUGUCACGGCAGCAGAACGUGUGACCACCGUUGCAACCGAUCGAGCGUACUCGUUGAUGGGUAUCCUCGGGGUUCGAUUCCCCGCUUUCCCUGCAGAGGGUCUUCCUAAAGCGUUGGCCCGUCUGUUAGAUGAAGUGGUGAUUGCAUACAAUGAUGUCUCGGUUUUCAACUGGUCCGGAAAGCACAGUGGCAGUCCUCUUCAUGGGCGCUCUUUGUACCCUGCCAGUAUCGAUGCCUUCGUCGACCCGACAAAUCACCCGAUGGUCAAGUCGAGGGCGCAAACCAGCAAGAAGAUUUUGGACCUGUUCCGCGCUCAGCGAGUGCGCCAAAGUAAAACCGCGGGCGACGUGAAUAUGCUUCUGGCUGAAAUUCUUGCUCUCAGCAAGAAGCUGCCAGAGCAAUGCUCCGUUUUUGAAAAUCUAGGCAACUUGGCUACUAGGAUCAAGAUUGCCGAGUUCGAAGACCUAAAGAAGCGCAUUGGUGACUUGAAGGGUAUCGUGGUGCGGCUUCGAGAGUUUGUACCUGAUGAGGCGGAUGAAGCAAGCAAGAGUCAGCCCCUUGCUGGUAAACCGAGCAACACCAUGGAGCGAGUGACUUCAUUCUCCAAGGGUCUGAAGUUUGAAGUUCCGAAAUUUGAAGCUCCUAAACUCGGGUCCUUCGGACGCGUGAAGAAGAGCAGUGCGCAGCCGGCUGAAAAAGCCCAGCCGAGCGAGCCUGCCACUCCUACCACGCCUGCCACGCCCGCAGUGACGCAGAUAUCACCCGCCCAACAGAAGAUUGAGGAUCUGAAUGAAGCUAUUCAAAAGGUCAUCGAUGCUAUCGGAAAUUCCGAUAAGCCUGAAGCAGAGCCUGCCAAGGAUGUUCCACUUCACACAAUGGUCGCCAAGGAGAAGGACGCCCUGGGGGUUGAUGAACACCCCGUUUCAUUCGAAAUCCGAGAGGAUAAGAGAAUGACCUGCCCAAACCCGAUCACUGUGAGCAGUGGUGGUAUUCGAGGUAUCUUUGACAUUCAACGAAUCAUCGUUACCAUGGUUGAGCCUCAAGUCCUACGCUCGAAAGUCCGAACCGCAGUCAGAGGCCAAAAGAUUGACGGAUGGUGCACCAUCAGUACUGGUCUGUCCAUGACCCUGGUCGCCUUCUGUGCUGAGCGAGACGUCCUGGCACAGCAGCUCGAUCUGGCUGAUGUUAUCAAGAGUUACCUUGACCCCGAAGACUCCGCUCCCAAGGAUGCUUCGGCAUUGCCACUCAAGGAGAGCAAAAUGGAGGACAGCAAAAAGGGCCUGCUGACAGACAUUAAGAAUGAAAAGACGCCCGAACAGGCCAAGGUUGCCCGCAUGAUCAACUUCGUGCAAAAACAAGACCUCCACGGCAUCGCUGGAGAAUGGGUUCUGGCACGUUUCUCAGGUACUCCUGGCGCCAAGUGGUUCCUCUGUCUUCUGGAACUGGGUGCUGGAAACGACUUCUACGGACACAGAAUCCCCACAGAUGCUUUCAGCUUUGAGGACGCCGCUCCCGAACAGGGCAUCAUUCAGUACUGGCACAAUUUUACCAUGGAGAAGAAAGCACGGACUUGUGAUACUCUUGACAUGUAUCUUAACCGCCAGAAGCUGUGGAGUAAGGCUGGUAGAAACCUUGACUUACUGUCCACGGUGGAGAACCCCACUGAGAAUUCUGGCGAGAACAGCUGGGAGACGGCAUGGGAAAUCAUCCAAAAUGUCUCUCUGGACAAGGUUGUCAAUUUGGGCAUGAUGGCGGGUCAAGCUAUUGGAGGCCUGGGCGCUGAGCUCUGGGCUAAUCAUCUGGAGGAUCGUAUUGAGAAAGGCGCUCUGAAACGUAUUCCGGUGUCGCUGCGCACUCCAGUACGAGACCUCGAUCACAACCGGAAGCUGCUCCCAGUCAUGUUCCACGCUGGUCGCGAGAUGCACAUGUUUUAAUGGCUGAAGUUGGAGUCCCCGUUGUGCCUGUGAAAGCCAGACAAAUGACGAGCACCAAAUUUACGUACAGAAAGAAGCUGCUAAUGCGGUCUAGCCCUUUCAACUCUCAGUUUUCAUCCCAGUCUGUUCAACCCUGCUUUAUUGGCAAGACUCCACAACCAGAACAAGGCAGGUAUUGGUGUCUUACUGGAAGGUGCAGAAGUCCUAAAUAGCCAAAUGGAAAGUUCCAGCCACGCUUAUAGAC